GUUCCAAUUAAAACUUCCACUUUCCCUUUUUGGUAAAGAAUUUGUGGUUCACAACAUUUCUUACACAUUUCUCUCUCCUCUGCACAACUCUCCACCACACAAUAUCCACUAUCUUAAACUUUGUGCCAAACACAUUUGGAAGUUAAAAUGGGAACGGAGGUGGUACUAUUUUUUACUUUUCUGAUAGUUACCCACUUAGCCUCCCAACUUACAAGUGGCAAACAUACAUGGAAAUAAAGCAGAAUACAUAAUAAAGUAAAAUUAUUUUUGCGGAUCUUUUUUGGUGGGAAUUUGUCGCAAAUUAUUCGUCUUUCUAGCUGAGAUUCUGAGAAUGAACCGUGUGGACCCACGGUUUGGGCAACGAGUGGGCCCGCCCCCAUUAGAGAAAGGCGAUGCAUUCUUAUUACAGCCUCACUUGGAGAAACCCGAUGUGACAUGGAUUGGCAGUAGUUUCACCAUCGUCUUCACUGCCAUUUAUUUCUGCAGAGAUUCAUCUGAAAAAACUGAAUCCCAACGACAGAUUGAGACUAACUUCACUUUCACAAAAAAAUCUCCCAACGAUUACCAAAUAAAUUCAUAUUCAGCUGAUGGGACACUCUCCAACAAUAAAACAGAGGUAAGUAAGUUGUUGCAGAUUCAAUUCUAUCAUCCACCCUUUUGGAGGAAGAGAGGAAGAGGGUCAGCAAUGGAGGAUUCAGUAAGAAAAGUGAGCGUUAGCAAGAAGAAGAUGGUGAGACAGCUGACCGGGAAAAAAGGGGACACGGAGCUCCAUUCCGCCGCGAGAGCCGGAAAUGUCGGAGAGGUGGUUGCGAUGAUCGGCAGUUGUGGAGAAGGAGAACUAGACGAGUUUCUGUCGAAGCAGAAUCAGUCUGGAGAAACAGCGCUUUAUGUGGCUGCUGAGUAUGGGUAUGUGGAAUUGGUGAAGGAGAUGAUAAAGCACUAUGUUCUUCGAUCUGCAGGCCUCAAAGCCAGAAAUGGAUUUGAUGCCUUUCAUGUUGCUGCCAAGAGGGGAGAUAUUGGUGAGCAUCAUAUUUUUCAUACCAUUUGAAAUUCAUUUUUUUAAUUUUUUUCUUUUGAGUGAUUUGAAUUGUUGCUGUGAUUUAGAGUACCAGAUUGAAUUGUGAGGUUAUGCUUUAAUUUGGUAGUUUGAUAAAUUGUUGGGAGGAUAUGAGUCAUAUGACAAUUAAUACAGCCUAGAGUCUAUCUUUAUCUGGUAGGUGUACCGACUUUAUUGUCUAUAAUUAAUUAUAGAUCUUUCUAAUUUAUUUGCCAAGAGAUCUAUUUAGACAAUUUUGUUUACAUUUUAGAACUUCUAAGAUAUAGCAAGCCCGGUUUAGUUGCCUUUCUAGGACGAAGGAUUUAGAGUUUAGGAUUUAGCGCUAAGUGUCGGCGAUCGGUGAUCAGAGCAGCGGUGAUCAGAGCAGCGACGGUGGCGGUGGGGCAGUAAUUUUUGUAGUGGCAGCUGAGUGUUAAUAGACUACUUUUCCUUUUAAGGAUUAUAAAAACUAGCUGUCGAAUGAACCAUCCGUUUACAGCUAUGUUAUGCCAAACAUCCAGCAUCUCUAGACUCUAUUAUUGAACAUGUUAAUAUGUUACCUGAGAGACUUAGUCGCCCCAACCCAUAUCUAUGAUGUGGUCCUUGCCAAUAUCAUUGCACAAACAAGGUGGUAUCUGACAGUGAGUGUUCUGAAAAAGUUGUGCUACCUAGAAGGAAGUUGGAAUAAAAGCACAAUCAUGACCAAGCUGUCUGGCCUUAGGAGUUAGGAGAAAUUGUGAGGAUCCUUCUGGAUGCAUUUCCUCAACUGUCUGUGACAUUUGAUCAAUCAAACACCACAGCUUUACACACGGCUGCCGCACAAGGCCAUGUCGAGGUUGUCAAUUUUCUGUUGGAGACGAACGCCAGCUUAGCCACCAUUACCAGAAACAAUGGGAAAACAGCACUGCAUGCUUCAGCAAGAAACGGGCACGUUGAAGUGGUGAAGGCCCUUUUGAAAAAAGACCUCAGCUUUGCAAAGUGUUGUGACAAAAAGGGACAGACCGCUCUUCAUAUGGCUGUCAAAGGGCUGAGUGUUGAAGUGGUUAAUGAGCUUAUUAUGUCCGAGCCGUCUUUGACUACAAUGGUUGAUGGAAAGGGAAACACUGCAAUGCAUAUUGCAGCUCGGAAAGGGCGUUUGGAGAUUGUCAAAGUGCUGCUAAAACACAAAGGAGUCAACGGGGAAGUAACCGUGGAAGCCGUUAACAAAUCAGGCGAGACUGCACUUGACACAGCCGAGAAGAACACAAACUCUGACAUAGCAACUUUAUUAAAAGAGAACGGAUUCCAGAGAGCAAAGGACUUGAACAUAGGAGCACAACCAAAACGGUCAGCCAAGGAACUAAAACAAACCGUCAGCGACAUAAAACACGACGUCCACGACCAGCUUGUCCACACACACCAAACCCAAAAGCGUGUGCAGAAGAUAGCCAAACGCCUCAACAAAAUGCACUCGGAAGGUCUCAACAACGCAAUAAAUUCCACCACCGUGGCCGCAGUCCUCAUAGCAACCGUCGCGUUUGCAGCCAUAUACAAUCUCCCAGGUCAGUUUGCGGAUGAUCCAAAGAGGGACCCGGCUUCACUCACCCCAGGAGAGGCAAGAAUCGCCCCACAGCCGCCCUUCGUCAUUUUCUUCAUAUUCGAUUCUCUGGCACUCUUCAUUUCACUGGCUGUGGUGGUGGUCCAGAUAUCAGUAGUGGUUGUGGAGAGAAAUAAGAAGAAACAAAUGAUGAGUGUUAUUAACAAGCUGUUGUGGUUGGCUUGUGCGUUUGUGUCCGUGGCUUUUCUGGCUUUGUGCUAUAUUGUCGUCGGGAAAGACGAGAAGUGGUUGGCCAUUGGGGUGACAGUGAUGGGAGGGGUUAUAAUGCUUCCAACCUUGGGGAUAUUAUGUUAUUGGGUGAUUGUGCAUCGGAUUGAGGCUUCUAACCUGAGGAAUCUGAGCAGGUCAGCAAGAAGUAGCAUGUCCCACUCAUGGUCCGUGUCGAUCAUGUCUGAUGAAGAUGCUCCUGAUGAUGAGUUCAAGAAACUUUAUGCCAUUUGAAUUUGUCUAAGGAGGUAUAUCAGUGUGGGAUGGAGUGACCAUUUCUCUAACUGCUGAUAUUAAAAGGAUAAAUUUUGUAUAUAACAUGAAGUUAGGGCCAUAGGAGAGUUUUCUUUCUUCUUGGGUUGAAUUGUACUUGCGGCUUUAGCUAUAGGCAUACCGUGGAGGAGAUAAGGCUUUGUUAGUAACAGCCAUAAUUCAUAACACUGCUUUAGACAGACCAUGGACUCCCAUGGUUGACAUUACUGAAAUUUAUACACUUCACCACAUCAGAAUACCAGUACAAGCUCAAUUGAUGAAUGUUACAAAUGAAAUAGAUGCACCCCUGAAGCUGCCACUGAAGUUGCUCGAUAGCGUAAAUGAGAAUGAUAAACUGAGUUGUAAUCAAACUUUGAUUGACACUUUCAUUGAUAAGGUAUGGGGAUUGCGCUUAAAACUUCAAGGAUUCGAUGCUC